AUGUACCUUUGCUGGGUACUUUCGGUAACGAUCUCACUGUGCUCUACUGAUGCCUACAAAUUCCUCGUCUACUCUCCCUUAUUUGGUUACUCGCAUACGAACUUCAUGGGCACCCUUGCUGACACCCUCACGGAGGCUGGACAUGAUGUAACUGUAUUAAUGCCAGUAAUGGAUGAGGAGCAGCAAAAUAAAACGGGGGUAAAGCUGACCAAAAAAGUCAUCAAAACCCCAGCGGAUCCACGUAACCGUCUCAUGAUGCAAUAUAAAAAUGAUAUGCUGAGCAAAAUGUGGACAAUGGAACCAUCCGUAUUCGGAAUGCUUCAGCUCUACGCCAGGAAGAACACCGCCUAA